CUCCAAGUUUCAAAAGUCUUUUUCAGCACCUUUGGAUUGAUACCCCAGCUUUUUCAACCUUCUAUUCAGGCUUAGCAAUUCGAACAAUGGCGUCCGUAGCAAGGAAAGACCUUCUCAAGAAGGUGUACAACAUGGUCCCGCCCAUGCUUGAGAGCUUCCACAAGGGCCAGCUCGGUCGUGUGGGUGUCAUCGGUGGCAGCGAGGACUACACGGGCGCACCGUACUUCUCCGCCAUGGCAUCUGCAAAGCUCGGCUGCGAUAUGUCCCACGUCAUCUGCGAGCCUGGCGCAGCCGCCGUCAUCAAGACUUACUCGCCCAACCUGAUGGUGCACCCUAUCAUGCGACAGGAGAAGAACGUCGCGCAGUCCGAGAGCGCCGACAGCGUCUCCACCGAAGUCGUCAGCAUGCUUUCUCGCCUGCACGUCAUCGUCAUCGGCCCCGGCCUCGGUCGCGACAAGCUGAUGCAGGACACAUGCGCGAAGGUCAUCGAGGAGGCGAGGAAGCAGGGUAUUCCAUUUGUGCUGGACGCUGAUGGUCUGUUCCUUGCUCAGACGCGCCCGGAACUUGUCGAGGGCUACAAGGAGUGCAUUCUCACACCCAAUGUUGUCGAGUUUGGACGUCUGGCGAAGGCUAAAGGCGUCGAUGUCAAUGAGGGUGACCCGGCUGAGCUUUGCUCCAAGUUGUCUAAGGCCUUCGGCGGUGUUACGAUCAUUCAGAAGGGCUCCAAGGACUACAUCUCCAACGGCGAGCACACACUUGUCUCCGAGGGCGAGGGUGGCCUGAAGCGCUCCGGUGGUCAGGGUGACACCCUCACAGGAAGCUUGGCAACACUGUUGGCAUACCGCAAGGCGUAUCACGACAAGAUUUGGGAUCACGACAACAGUCUGGGGAGGAGCGAGACUCUGGCCCUGGCCGCCUACGGUGGUAGCUGCAUCACAAGGGAGUGCUCAAGACUGGCAUAUAAGGAGAAGGGUCGUUCGCUGCAGGCCAGUGAUCUGACAGAGCACGUCCACACUGCUUUCCUUAACGUCAUCGGCGAGAGGAAGGAGACACCACAGUUGUAGGUAAAAGAGAUUCGACGAGUUGACUGUAACAUCAUGAACACGGAUGAGGAUGAGGAUGCUCAGAAAGCAGAACAUGGGCGCUGUACACAUGCAUAGCAACGACGAAAUGAACUAUUUACGCACUAAUCACUGUCUUGACAAAGUCAUCCUCAAAAGUGCCAAUUCAUCCUCAAAAGUGCCAAUGUCAAGGUCAUAUUGUGAGCGUACUUGGCGUAACUUAUCACGCAGCAGCUGGAGCUGGUAAAGCAGGGUCAAAGAGAUAUGCAUAAGCUUCGAAGUAGGGUUUGCUU